AUGAUAUUGAGUAAUGGAGACUGCGCUACUUAAUGUGUAUUAAGCACCAAAUGAUUAGUUAAUUAAUAUUUUACAUAAUUAAUUAAUGUAUUUGAACCAAACGGUAUAAAAAUGACCUUAUCAAUUUCUUUAAUUUAGUCGCUUUGAGAGUGCUGGGGAUAUAACCUUGUUUUGACGUGUUUUGUUCUAGUGAUCAUGAGAUACCUGUGUCUAAAUCAAGCCGGGCCGAGGAUUCCACACCAGGCUGAAGCUAUGGCUGAAAAUACAUCGAAAAGAAAGAUUGAACAAACUAUGGAAAACUACGAUAUGUCAGAGGAAAGCGUACCGAUGAAGAAGGCAAAACGUUUCCGCAGCGCCUUCACCACAGAGCAGAUCAAGUACCUGGACGCUGAAUUUAGGAAAUAUCCGUACAUCGGCAGCGCCCGACGCAAGGAGGUCUCCAGUGCGCUUAACAUCCCCGAACGAGCCGUCAAGAUUUGGUUCCAGAACAGGAGGAUGAAAGAGAAAAAAGACGUAACAACCAACAAUACCGAGUGCGACGAACAUAAACAUUCCAGAAAAAUAGACGCUGCUAACGAGCAAUUAAAUAAUGAGUGUACUGUUACAUCAACUAAUAACAGACAUUACGCUUCAUUACCACUAAUGUCAAUUAAGAAUGAGCCACCAAAACAUAUCGACAUUGCAAUAAAAAAGGAAUCUGAAUCUUUCCUCACAACCGACAACAAAGAUAUUCAAAAAGGAAAUGAAGAUCAUCAGCCUUCAGCAGAGUUUUCAACUAAUUUGUAUAAAAAAUAUAACAUCUUUUUUGGAAAUCAAGUUACCCAGCCCAAGCCUUUUCAUGAAAACGUAGUAGCAUCAAAGCCACCUACAAUGCAAAGCCCUAAAAGUGAAGUUAGCUCUACUAGUCUUUACGAGAAGCUGCCGCAUGAUCUGUCACGUAAAAGAAAACCUCAACAGAAACCGAUGAGUGUUGUGCAGAAUUUGCCAGGAGGAUAUUUUCCUUUGAACUUGAAAAAAUAUUACACUGAACCAUCGCUUCCUGUUGGAAGUAAUAUGUUAUGGAAGCCUAUUCAAAUGUUACCAAUAGUUCCGACGGCUGCGUCGAGCUCGGCGCCUGCGCGAGCGGCUAAGGAGUGUCACUGCGAGUGUAGAUGUCACCCCGCCUCGCCGUCGGCGCCGGUGCUGCUGCAGCAAGGCACACCGAACCCUUUGGCUCAAUAUGUACUCACUGCCUUACCUCUUCCAAACCCAUAUUAUAAGUAUUGAUGACAAAU